CCGCUCACCCGCCCGCCGGGGGACGCGCAGCAGCUCGGGGAGGGUCGGCAGCGAUGGCACCCCCAAACCCGCGCCCCGCCCGCCCCUGAGGGCGGCUGCUGCCGCCGGGAUGUUCAGCUGGCAUCGGAGCUUCACCCUGGCAGCGCCCUGGAGGAGAGCAGGUAAGAAGAGCCCACCUGCUGAGGACAAAGUCGUGUUAACACACAUGAAAAUACUGAGCAAUGAAGGAAUUCAAAACCCAGGGUUAAUCCCGGAGGCUCCAGCUGACACAACCUGCACAGAAGAGUCCCAUCUUCCCGGUGCCAGUCUCCCACCAGACCGCCUGGGAAGUCCAGAAGCAGCAGCCACACCAGCAGAUCCAGACUACGCGGAUGGCCCAGCAAGCACCGACUAUGUAGCCACCCUGCCUGACCUCAGUGCCUUCGAGUCCAAGUGCCGGCUUCACAGAUUCUCCAAAUUUGAAUCUGAGGACUCAGGGGUUGAGUUGCCAAGCGGUGCUAAUUCUCCAUCAACGCCGACGGGCUCAGAGAAGAGCUUUGUGCUUCCCAGCAGAGACUCAUUUUGCGACUCGGGUGUGCUUAGCACCUCCUCUUCUCCGGAAAUUGACCAUCAGUUAAUGAGAACAUGUAAAGAACAUGCUAGAAAAGUUAGCCCCCAAGAUCCAGAGAGCAAAAAGCAAGCUGAUUACUACAGUCAGGAGGCAGAUGCUGUGCAGGAUCCUGCAGCUUUCCUUGAAGACUUCAGUGUCCCUCAGGAAGAAAGUCCUGAUGAACAUUUUGACCAGGAUGACAAGCAGUCUCCAGAAAAGGAACUUACGCCAGAGAUGGACCUUUCCAGGGAAAGCACUCUUUCCACUCCAGGUCCCAUAGAGGAGCCAAAGACAAUUGCUGACAAUUUCCCAGAGAAUUUUGGCAGCAUGCAAGACCUUCAGAUCCAUGAACAUCAGCUGAAGAAGUACCCCACAAGUGACAGCCUGGAUGAAUACAUGGAUGAAUGCUGUAGACUGAGUGAGGUGAACCAAAGUAACAGUAAAGCCCUGGGAUCUGGCCUGGGAUACCUAGAACACAUCUGCCAACUGAUUGAGAAGAUUGGGCAGCUUCAGGAGCACAACCUGCGUCUCCAAAAACAAGUGUGCAGCUUGCAGAAAGAGCAGAAGAUGAGUCAGAUAAAAGAGGAAUACCUUCUGCAGCAUUGCUCCUGUGGAGCUGCCAGUAUCUUCCUUAACUCAUAUCAAGAUAUGAAAAAAAGUUUUGCUGGGAGGAGCAGACCUCACAGCCUCUUGGUUCAGACUGGAAACCCUUCUGAUCUUUCCAUCAUCCCAGAAAUAGGAGCGAACACCGAGAAGCUGAGCAGCUGCAAUGGAAAUGAGAGAUACCCAGAAUCAGGAAAGAGCCAGGCAAUGGUGGGGCUCAGGAAGUCAUCAAACAAUAGGAACAACAAGGAGAAUGAGUUCAGAGAAGUUGGGAGUAUGGCAGAAGGACAGGCUUUUCUGUCAAAGGACCCUGCAGUAAGAAAGGCUCUGGACGUCAGCAAGAACAUCUCGGGUGAGAGCCAUGCUUGGAGGAGAAUGAGAGAUCUUAUGAGGAAGACACGGUUGACAAACCAGAACAAGCUGGGGCUGUCCUCUGCUGCUCUGAAGAGGUCCUGCCCACAGUUGUAUAGGCCAGAUAUUAUAAUUCCAAAGGUUCCACUGAAUUUAGCAAAAGUAAUUAUUUCCAUCUUAUCCAAGAACCUGACAGUGUUGAAUGAACUUUAG